AUGUCACGCUCCGCGGACCUGUUCAACUCCACUCUCGGUGGGAAUGGCUCUUUCAACAGUGUCAUGCCUAAGGACUUCGAGUUAGCACCCGCCACCUUAUCCACGGUUUCUUUCGUUAUCACCUUCCUGCUGGGCGUCCCCGGAAACUGCGCAGUCAUCUGGGUAACAGGCUUCAAGAUGGAGAGAAGAGCCCACACGGUGUGUUUCCUGAAACUGGCUGUGGCGGACCUGGCGUACUGCUUUACCCUUCCUUUCCAUUUAGCCAUGUUUUUCGAUCUAAGUUCAUUUCCCCAAGAUGACUCCUUCUUCAUAUUCUUCGGCUGCGUCGUCAUCAUCAACAUGUCCGUCAGCUCCUUCCUGUUGACUCUAAUCAGUAUCUUCCGCAGCCUGGCCGUCAUUCGGCCCAUUUGGUUCCGGCAUCAGCUGAGCCUGGAUUUGGUAUAUGUGUCCUGCUUCGGAGCCUGGGUCCUGGCCUUCCUCAUGUCCCUGCCUCACCUGAUAUUUGAGCAGAUUAUCCUAUAUUUUGGGGAGAAUACCUGGCUCUUUCUGGAGGUAACUUGGGAUGUCUUCAUCUUCGGCCUCACAAUUCUAAUCAUGUCAACCUGCUAUAUCAUGAUCGGCCGGAUUCUGCAGAUGGAUGAUUUAGCCAAAUCCCAGAAGCCCGUCCGCCUCAUAGUGACCGUGGUCGUCGCCUUCAUCAUCUGCUGGCUUCCCAAUAUUGUCUGCAGCCUUCUUCGUGACAUCUCUGAUGCCUUUCUCAAUGGCUGGCUGACCCUUACCUUUGCUCUGGCCUCCUUCAACAGCGCCCUUAACUCCCUUCUCUACGUCUUCCCCGGCCGUGAUUUCCGCCGGGUCUUCAGGCGCUCCCUGACGGCCUCGCUCCACCUGGCUUUCGCCGAGGAAGUUCUUCCCCACCCCGCAGUCACCGUGGACAGAUAG